UAGGCCUCACGCAGCUUGGGUCUGGCAGCGCUGUUUCGGUCGGGUGUGGGUGGGGGAGAAGCCCGGGCAGGGGAGGAGCCGCCGGAGCUGUCGGAGCCCUGUACCCCUUUCGCACUCUAUGUACAGAAUUGGAGUAGACAGUCAUUUCAAGGGCUCAGCAAGGUUUACUACAAUGUGAGGGAUUCUUGGGAAUUGAAACUAUACAGAUGAGAUGAGACACAGCUGUUGAAAGUGGACUGAGAACCUUGAAGGUGGGCCGGAGGCAAUUGUCGUGCAGCGUAAAAAGACUGAGAAAUGCAGGCUACCUCGGGCUGUAUGUGGACACUGGGCUGGAGCGGGACAAAACGAGGAAGACAGUUGCGAAACUUGAACUAAGUCAUUCGUUCAACGUUACUGCAGGGAUCCCAGUACAGAAGUCAUGGCAGUCCAAGCUAGAGAUGAAGAGGGCCCAAACUAAAGCAGUCUGUAGGAAGGAAACCAGACUUAGAGGCGGAAUUGGAAAUAUUCGUGAAGAGGAAAAUGCAUUCUCACCUAGGUCCCUUGGGAGAGACAACUGGAGGUGUCCAGGCUGAGACAGGGGUAAUGCCAGCGUGAGCCCUAGAUGGUGUGAGGCCAUCCCAGAGCCAGGAAAUGGCUACAGCCAUGGAGCCAGAGGACCAGGAUCUUUGGGAAGAAGAAGGAAUUCUGAUGGUAAAACUGGAAGAUGACUUCACCUGUAGGCCAGAGUCUGUCUCACAGAGGGACGACCCCGUGCUGGAGACCUCUCACCAGAACUUCCGGCGCUUCCGCUACCAGGAAGCAGCAAGCCCUCGAGAAGCUCUCAUCAGACUUCGAGAACUGUGUCAUCAGUGGCUGCGGCCAGAGAGGCGGACAAAGGAGCAGAUCCUAGAGCUGCUUGUGCUGGAACAAUUCCUUACUGUCCUGCCUGGAGAACUGCAGAGCUGGGUGCGCGGCCAACGACCAGAGAGCGGCGAGGAGGCGGUGACGCUGGUGGAGGGUUUGCAGAAACAACCCAGGAGACCAAGGCGGUGGGUGACUGUCCACGUUCACGGCCAGGAAGUCCUGUCAGAGGAGACAGUGCACUUAGGAGCAGAGUUUGAGUCACCUCAUGAGCCACAGGGUGCUGCACAGGCCUCGACCCCCGAGCAGUCCCAGGAGGAAAGCACACAGAGCCCAGAUCUGGGGGCACCAGAAGACCAGAGCCCAUGUCCUGAAGAGGAGCUGCCACCCCUGCAGGAGAGCGAGACUCCAGCGCCUCAGGACCCUGACCUUCCCGCAGAGAGGAGCUCUGGAGGCUCUGAGAUGGUUGCCCUUCUCGCUGCUCUGUCACAGGGACUGGUAACUUUCAAGGAUGUGGCUGUAUGUUUCUCCCAGGACCAGUGGAGUGAUCUAGAUCCAACACAGAAAGAAUUCUAUGGAGAAUAUGUCUUAGAAGAAGACUGUGGAAUUGUGGUCUCUCUGUCAUUUCCAAUCCCCAGACUAGAUGAGAACUCCCAGGUUAGAGAGGAAGAGCCUUGGGUCCCAGAUAUCCAAGAGCCUCAAGAGCCUUCAGAGCCAGAAAUCCUGAGUUUUACCUACACAGGAGAUAGGAGUGAAGAUGAGGAGGGGGAUCUUGAGCAAGAAGAUCUGAAUUUGGAGGAUAUACAGAGGUCUAUUUUGGGAGAUCCGGAAAUUCACCAGACUCCAGAUUGGGAAAUAGUCUUUGAGGAUAACCCAGGUAGACUUAAUGAAAGAAGAUUUGGUACCAGUAUUUCUCAAGUGAAUAGUUUUAUGAGUCUUCGGGAAGCCACGCCUAUUCACUCCCUCUUAGGGAAACAUCACAACUGUACUGUAUGUGGAAAAAGCUUCACUUGUAACUCCCACCUUGUUAGACACCUGAGAACUCACACGGGAGAGAAACCCUAUAAAUGUAUGGAGUGUGGGAAAAGUUACACUCGGAGCUCCCAUCUUGCCAGGCAUCAAAAGGUUCACAAGAUGAUCACUCCUUACAAAUGUCCCCUAAACCGGAAGAAUUUGGAUGAGACCUCCCCUCUGACCCAGGCUAAGAGAACUCCACCUGUUGAGAAGCCCUAUGGUUGUGAGGAUUGUGGAAAACACUUCCGCUGGACUUCAGACCUUGUCAGGCAUCAGAGGACACAUACAGGAGAAAAACCCUUCUUCUGUACUAUUUGUGGCAAAAGCUUCAGCCAGAAAUCUGUGCUAACAACACACCAAAGAAUCCACCUUGGAGGCAAACCUUACUUGUGUGGAGAGUGUGGCAAGGACUUCAGUGACCACAGGCGGUAUGUGGCACACCGGAAGACACACGCAGCUGAGGAGCUUUAUCUCUGCAGCGAGUGCGGGCGGUGCUUCAACCACAGUGCAGCAUUUGCCAAGCACCUGAGAGGACAUGCCUCAGUGAGGCCUUGCCGGUGCAGUGAAUGUGGAAAGAGCUUCAGUCGGAGGGACCACCUUGUCAGGCAUCAACGAACACACACUGGUGAGAAACCCUUCACGUGCCCUACCUGUGGAAAAAGCUUCAGCAGAGGCUAUCACUUAAUCAGACAUCAGAGGACCCACUCAGAAAAGACCUCCUAGCCAGGUCCCCAGUGAGGAGAUCUGCAUUCAUCUCCCAAGAAUGGGAUAGGAGAAGCCCUCUUGUCAGCCUAGGAAGACCUUUUCUAGGAAGCUUCCCUGGCCUGCCCAGAUCUCACAUCACCUCUUCCCAUAACUACGUAAAAGCCUGGGUGGAACCUCUCAGCCAUCUUUUAUGCCUUGAGGAGAUGUUUUGCCCACCUGGAUUGAGGCUUCUUCAUCACUGGUGUGCUUCCGCCUCUACCUCAUGGGUGUAAAGCAGGAGCAUUAGGAGACUUACAAGGUUUUGGUUAGUAUAUUUUCCAAAAAAUAGGCUGUUACAUAUCUGAAAGACUGCUUAGCAGCCUUGAGUAUAAAGUGGCCAAGGGCAGCCCCUUAGGUCUAGUAAGGGACCAGCCUGAGGGGUUCUGUCCUUACUGGGCUCAAAUCUUAAAGCACACAGCCCUGAAUUAGACAGGAGGUUUGUGUCCAGCUGGCUUUGCCACACCAUCACAGGAUACCUGUACAGACCCUCACUGUCUGAUUCACUCCUUCACGAGGCACUUCCUUUGAUGCUGGGGAGAAAUGUUUGAUGGCAAAAACCUCAAUGCUGCUUCCUGUGGACCUUGUCCAGCUGCUCCUUUCCCCAUUGUGAAAAUGAUGCCAGGUGCAAGACACUGCUAGAAAAGAGGGCCUUGCCAGAAGCUUCUUUCUUUGUGGGUUUCGUUUGUAUUUCUCCUGUUGGAAUACUCAUGCCCAUAGCCUGCCUUCUAUUCAACCAGUCUCUUGGUUUUGUCCCUAGCAUUUCUACUACAAGUGAGAUGUAGUAUUUGGGUGCCGAGGGAGUCAGUAAAGCAUAAUUAAAUCAUAAUGAAAUCACUUAUAUUUCCACAUAUGCACAAGCCCACCCCUCACCCCCCUUUGAAUGGGCUGUGUGAGGGGAUUUGGAACGGUGUUAGCUUACAAAGGCCCUAUAAAAAUUAGAGAAUCAUGCUUGACUUGGUCACUUCAUUUACAUGAAGAGAGCUGGAGAAGAUCCAAGAUCAAACUAUGGACAAAUAAGAAAAAUGCUGUUGCUGCUGCCCAAGACCAUCACGACUAUUUUCCUGACACCCAAUUGUCAUCAUCCUGGCCUCAGUGUUCUGACAUCAGGGAAAAUUGUGAACCCCAGCAUCCGAGACCCGAGGAAUUUACCAGUAGUAAAUGCCUUUCAUGUAUUUGUGUUUGCUUUUUCUUAUGUGAUUUCAUUCUCAUGUAACUAAGAACUAAAUAGUGGUAUCCCAUGAUGGCCCAAGGAUCUCUGUUGCCUGAUAAAGGUUCCAUGGAGAUGAGGCUGAAUAAUUACAAACCUCACCUGCUCUUAUUGUGGGAGUGGCAAAGACUGGGGAGAUGUCCUCCAUAAAUGGAGCACAGGGUAUGAGAUCAAAGCAUGAGAAGGGAGACAGUCUUCUGUGCCUGAUUGCUUCUGCUGUUUUACAAUCCAUUAUGUGCCAGCAUACCACAAGAAUAUGGGUGGAUUAACAAGACCCCAACCCUAACAGCCCAACAAGGAAAUUCUCAUUUUGGUCAAUAAUGAUACUCUUAUGGACUGGUUUGGUUUUAGUACCAGUCAGCCAUUGUCCUGGAAAUAUACACAUGUGAAAUAAAGGUAACUCUUGCAGCCAA